AUGGGAACUCCACCUCCUACAGCUGCUGAACAGGGAGGCCCAACUCAUGACCCAACUCACGACCCAACAACUCCCAGUCGACAAACUCCUGAGGUGAAGAAAGCCAUCCUGAGGGUUAAUGCACUGCGGCAGAAACGGGAUCUCUUCCGUGAAGAGACUCUUAGUGCAGUGCUAUCUGAUUCUGCACUCCCGCGAAGAGUUCUUCAUAAUUAUACAGCAAGAGAUGCUUCAACAGAAUAUUGUGGGUGUCUCAAUGGAGGCUGGUGUCAGGAGGAAGGACGUUGCGAUUGUGCUCAGUUCCAAGGUCUCGGGGAUCGUUGUCAAAUCAUUCCCAACCACGGUCAGGACCGGGAUGGGAUUUGCCGUUCAUGGGGUCAGAAUCAUUUUGAGACCUUUGAUGGAAUGUAUUACUACUUCCCUGGUACCUGUUCGUAUAUUCUGGCCAAAGACUGCCACUCUUCAGAGCCACAGUAUACAGUAUGGGUUCAUAACAGUCGUUCAUGUAGAGCUUCAGUAUAUUCAUGUUCUCGUGCUCUGAGUCUGUUCUUCCCAAAUGAAGAGGAGAUCUAUAUUAGUGGCUACCAGGUGCUCAAGGGUGGACAAAGGCUGAGUCUGCCUCAGACAGUGCGUAAUGUUUUCAUCGAGCGCUUGGCUGACUACAUCCUGGUGAAGACCACAUUUGGCUUCUCCAUGGCGUGGGACGGGAGCUCUGGAGUCUACCUCAAAAUGACCGAAGCACACAAAGGGAAGCCUUGUGGUCUGUGUGGAAACUAUAAUGAUGACGGAUCGGAUGAUCUCAGCAGCAGCCACGGUUUAGUCUCUGAAGACAUUGCUGAGUUUGGGAACAGCUGGGCCAUAGAGUUGCCCCACGAGAGAGCCUGUCCUGAAGUUGAUGAUGAUUUUCCUGGACCAUGUUCAUCUGAGUCAGAUAUGGAUGAUGCCAUUGAGAAGUGCAGUGCUUUGCUUUUCUUCCCUUUCAUCUCCUGUCAUGAAAACAUCGACCCAAAUCCAUUUGUCGCCAGCUGUGUUUCCGACAUGUGUGUUUCAGAUGAUAAAGAGACGUUUUGCCGGGCUCUGGUCGAGUACACCAGAGCCUGUUCGCAUGUAGGAUACCCCGUCAGAGAAUGGAGAGACAGUUUUCCCACAUGCGCGGAUGGAUGUGAGGACAGCUUUGUACACAGAGACUGUAUCAGCUGCUGUCCACCAACAUGCACGUUUGAGAAGGAGUGUUUGGGCACCAACCUUCACUGUCUGGAUGGAUGUUACUGUCCUGAUGGCCAAAUCUUGCAGAAUGGGACCUGUAUAGCAGUCUCUCAGUGCCCCUGUGUGUACCACGGUACAGCGUAUCCCCUGGGUCACGUACUGGAGCAGGGCUGCAGUGUCUGUGUCUGUAUGGGAGGUGUGUGGAACUGCACUGAGAAUAAUUGCACAGUGGAGUGCACUGUAAUGGGUGACGCACACGUGACCACAUUUGAUGGGCGGAUCUUCAUGCACACGGGCUCUUGUCAAUACGUGCUGGUGAAGAGUCGCGGCAACACCAAGUUUACUGUCACGUUACAGUACACAGCCUGCGGAGAGUCUCAGGAGCACUCAUGCAUUCACACAGUGGCUCUGGUGGUGGAUGAGGACGUCAGCAGACAGGUCACUCUCACCAAAGAAGGGGAAGUUGUCAUUGGGGCCAGUAUGGCUGUUAACCUGCCCUACUCUGAUGACAUGGUGAACAUACGUCGACUGACGUCGCUGUUUGUGGGUCUUCGCUCUGUGUUUGGACUGAGGUUUCAGUAUGACUGGCGGGGUGGACGGAUCUACCUGCAGCUGGACAGCACAUGGAUGGGCUCCACGCUCGGCCUCUGUGGAACCUUCAACGGCAACCUGCGGGAUGACUUCCUUUCUCCUGCUGGAAUGAUCGAAGGAACGCCACAGCUGCACGUCAAUGCCUGGAAAGUGUCUUCAGCGUGCACAAGCCCUGUCAACAUUCCCAUUAUAGACCCCUGUGAAAUGAACCAACAAAAUGUGUUUUAUGCGACGCAGUGUGACGUGCUAUUGGGGGAAGAGUUUGCACCGUGCCAUACCUACGUGAGUCCCAGUGUGUACCACCAGCAAUGCCGAUACCAGGCCUGUCGAUGUGGCAGCACCUGCCUUUGUACUGCACUGUCACACUAUGCCUACAUCUGCGCCAAACAUGGUGUCAUCAUCAACUUCAGAGCGCAUGUCUCUGAGUGUGGGAUUGUGUGUUUAGGUGGAAUGAUGUAUCACCCAUGCACAUCAGCAUGCAGGAGGACCUGUCAAUCAAUCAGCAGUGGUGAAGUGUGUGAUGGUGAUUGUGCUGAAGGAUGCAGCUGCAAUGAUGGAACAUUCUACGAUCACGCUCGCCAGCGCUGUGUGUUGCUCUCCCAGUGUCACUGUUAUUUCAUGGGCUCAGUAUUUCAACCUGGAGAAGUUUCUUUUAGCUCCUCUGGACCAUGUCUCUGCACAAAUGGUCGCAUGGAGUGUGUGCCUGAGGAAAGAGAGCCUGACAGAGGAGACUGUCCCAAUGGUAAAGUCUACCACAGCUGCAGGGCUCAAAGUGGGCUGGGACCCUCAAGUGUGGGCGUGGCCUGUGAGCUUACCUGUCGAAAUCUGAUGCUGAACCUCACCUGCCCUCCGAUGACCCCAUGUGUUCCAGGAUGUGGAUGUCCUGUUGGGCUAUUUGCUCAUAAUGGAGACUGCUAUUACCCAGAGAACUGCCCCUGUGCAUGGCUCGGUCUAGAGUAUCUCCCUGGAGAGGCAGUGGACACUCCGUGCUAUCGCUGUGUGUGUCAUCGUGGUUUCUUUAACUGCACAUACUCACCAUGUCCGGCGGUGUGUACCAUAUACAGUGACCGUCAUUAUCAUACAUUUGAUGGUCUGGAAUACGAUUAUGUCAGCGACUGCCAGGUGUAUCUGGUGAAGAGUGCUGGUCACACGGAUGUCUCUAUCAUGGCUCAGAAUAAAGACUGCUAUGAAAGUGGGAUUGUUUGCAUGAAGUACCUGCUCAUCUCUGUUGGACACACCAAAAUCUACUUCAGUGAUAACUCGGGGAAACCUAGCCCAUCUACUGUUGUGGGAAGAGGUUAUGAGUUUCAGCUGUGGGGUGCCGGCUACUAUACUGUGGUUCACUUCCCUGCUCAGGACUUGACUGUUUUAUGGGACCGCAAGACAACUGUCCAUAUUCGUGUUGGACCACAAUGGAAGGGUCAACUGAGUGGCUUGUGUGGAAACUUUGACAUGGUUACAGUAAAUGACAUGACCACAGCCGGACACAUGGAAGUCAGUAACGCUCAGGCCUUUGGAGACAGCUGGGCCAUCGGACAGUGUGAAAGUGAUUUUGUAGUGCGCAGGCUGUGUGAAGGUGAUCUCAGCCGACAGCCGUAUGCUAAGCGAGAAUGCGGGCUCCUGUACAGUGACGUAUUUGCUCCGUGUCACAAUGUGGUGGAUGUGACAUGGUUCUAUAAGAACUGUCUAACGGACACAUGCAACUGCAACCGUGGGGGGGACUGUGAGUGUCUGUGCACCAGCAUUGCAGCGUAUGCACACAAGUGCUGUCAACAUGGAAUCACAGUAAACUGGAGAUCUCCUACUGUUUGUCCCUAUGAUUGUGAAUACUAUAAUCAAGAGUUGGGAGAGGGGCCGUUCACUUUGUCCAGUGCAGAACAGAAUGACUCGGCAUGUGUUUUUGGGGCAAAUGUGAGCAGUGGUGAAGUGUUUCCACUUUUAAGGUCCAACGCUCAACCCAGCACCAUAUUCCACUUCAUGAUCACAACUGGACUAUACAAGGACCGAGCUUCCAGACUUCCUGUGGUCUCACUGGAGUCUGCAGAGAGGCCCAACUACUUCCUGUGUGUCACCGGGAAUCGUGGAUUGCGGUUGGAGCACUGGCAGCCUGGCGAGGAGUUCCGACGGCAAGCGACCUUCAUCCAUCACCAGGGUUUGUGGUUACCUGGGCGCUCGUCCUUUGAGUUGCACAGUCAGAAGGGCAUCUUCCUCAGUCUCACACACACAGAAGCACGUGCGCAGAACUACGACCACAUGUAUAACUUCAAAAUCAGCAGCAGUUUUAUCAUUGAGGAGAGCAGUUUUGUGAUCCCCUACCGCUUAAUGUGUGAGUGGAAAUAUCACGCAUGUGCCAGUCCAUGUGUGAAAACGUGCAAAGACCCUGAUUCCAUAAGUUGCCAGUUCCUCCCUCUGGUUGAAGGUUGUUUUCCACACUGUCCCAAGACUAUGCUGCUGGAUGAGGUGACCAGACGAUGUGUGUUCAGAGAAGAUUGUGUGAUACUGUCUCCUACACCGACACCUUACAUGUUUGUGACUCGAUCAAACAGAACAACUGCUGUGUCCACAUCUGCUCCUACAACUAUGACGACUCCCUCCACCACAACGGCUACACCUAGCACUGCCACUAGUACAGUCCUAACUACCCCUUUGGAAACAGACAGUUUGAUUGGCAGUCCAACCACACCCACAUUUCCACCAACCACACCCUCUUCGACACCCACUUUGGCUACAACCACGCCCACUCCUACUCCAACAACUUCCUCUCCAACAACCACUGAAACCCCUUUCGUCAGUACAGCCCCCACCACCACCACAGCCACGCCCACUCCAGAGCACACAACACCGUUUUUAACCACCUCAGUAACACCCACCUUAACCACAGAGGUGCUGACCACACCAGAGACGACCUCCCCAACCACCACGACCCCUCUGUUUACAACCACCACUUUCAUUACAACUGAGACAACAACAUCAGAACCUACUUCAACAACCAUCACUACAGAGACUACAUCUGUCUCCACGACCACUGAGGAGCCUUCAACGACAACAGAAGCACUUCCACUGACCUCUGAGGAGAUACCUUCACCAUCGCCAUCACCGGAAACAGCCAGAAUAACAACUGUUCUUCCUCCUUUCCUUCUACCUACAGGGCCUUGUACGGUAAGUGUGUGUGUGUGUGUGUGUGUGUGUGUGUGUGUGUGUGUGUGUGUGUCUGUAUGUGUGUCUGUCUGUCUGUCUGUAUGUGUGUGUGUGUGUGUGUGUGUGUGUCUGGGUUUAUAUUCUCUCUUAAACCAUUGGUCUCUCUGUUUUGUGUCCAUUCAGCCUCCGUAUUCAUUGCGCGUGGACGAGUGCAGUGAGUAUAUCUGCGUUAAUGGACAGCUGAUGCUUCAUAACUCCUCCCAACACUGCAGAUACAACAUCAGCCAACCGCAGUGUAACCUGCUGGGUACACCAAUCCAGACCAACACAGACCCCUGCUGCCCGCUGUGGCAGUGCCCAUGUCGCUGCUCUAUCAUCUCUGAUCUACGUGUGAUCACAUUUGAUGGGAAUAAUGUGGCUCUGUAUGAUAUCGGUUCUUAUAUUCUGGUCCAUCUGACAAGAGAGAAGAUCGUGGGACACAUAGAGAAAUGUCCCACCAGUGAGAGUGUGAACUACAUCCGGAGACCUACUCCCUCUGGUGGCACCUCUGGUUUGUGUUUUAAGAAGCUGAACAUUACCACUCACUCCUACAGAAUCAUGAUCAAUCGCCUCGAGCGCAAGGUUUCGGUGAAUCAGAUUACGGCCCGACUGCCGUUCACCAGGCAGAACCUCCAUAUGGAUGACACUGGGACCAUGUACUCCAUCGACACACCUGGUGGCAUCAACAUAAAGUGGUACCACAGCACUGGCAUCAUGGUCCUACAGUACACCGCUCCUGAUAACACCUCCACUAGAGGGCUCUGCGGUUGUUGUGAUGGUAAUCCGGCCGAUGACCUGCGGCUGCCCAAUGGUACGGUGGUUCAGGAUGUGGAGGACAUCCCUAUGUUUCUACACGGAUGGAUGGUGGACACGUCAGAGGACACGGAUUACUUCCGCCGAGUGGGAGACAACUGCACCACCGGCAACUGCUCCAAAUGUUUCACCAUGCUCAACCAGAGACCUUUUUCCAAAUGUCACCACAAGGUUUCUCCUGAAAACUUCUGUGAUAAGAUAUGGGCUGGUGAUCUGCAUUAUAAAGAGUAUGAGUGUGAUUUCCUGGCUGCGUAUGUGGCCAUUUGCUACACACACCAAAUCUGCUUCAGCUGGAGGAAAAGCAACUUCUGCCCACUUAAAUGUCCUCCUGGCAAGGAAUAUAAACCAUGUGUGAACACCUGUAAGACCCGGACAUGUCAGAACCGCGAUUACUACGAGGAGAGCACCUGCACUUCAAUCAGAGAGGAGUGUGUUUGUAAAGAUGGCACCAUCCUGCACCGAGCAGACUCCGCCUUCUGUGUCACCGAGGACCAGUGUGUGUGUACGGAUAACGAGGGCGCUCCCCGGGCACCGGGCGAGGUGUGGAACAGCUCUCUGCGCGGCUGCUGUCUGUUUAAGUGUCUGGAGAAUGGCAGUGUGGUGCCUGUUGAACCCGAGUGCAAUUACGAACCCGUGCCAUUGUGUGAAAGAGAGGGAGAGUAUGCUGUCGAUGUGCUGGAGGAAGGAGUCUGCUGUCCUAAGAAGAUUUGUGAGUGUAACCUCACCAUUUGUCAGAGUGAAGUGCCCAGCUGUGAGAAUGGAAACAAGCUGGUGAUUGGCUACAGUGCUAUUUCCUGCUGUCCUGAGUACAGAUGUGAAUGUAACCCACUGUCCUGCCCGAGUGUCCCGGCCCCGGUCUGCAGAGAAGAUCAGUUCCUGGUGGAGGUCAGAGGAGCACAAGCCUGCUGCUAUAGCUACAUGUGUGUAUGCGAGUCAUGUAUUGAGCCGAUUCCAGUGUGUUUGCCUGGAGAGAUUCUGGCUGUGGAUAUGAACACCACUAAUCACUGCUGCCCGCAGUAUCAUUGUGUGUGUGAUAUGAGUCUGUGCCCUAAGGCCAGUGUGAGCUGUGCACCUGGAGCUGUGCUGGUGAAGAGACCUGUGCCAGACAACUGCUGCCCAGAAACACACUGCGAAUGUCAAUGUCACAACAUCACACUUCCUGUCUGCACUGUGGGAGAGGUCAGAGUAGAGGAUCCAGACCAUGGUGGUCCAUGUGGAUGCCUCCUGCACUCCUGCAAGAAGGCAGAGGUGUGUCUGUUUCAGGGUGUAACGGUGUUGAAUCCGGGUCAGUCUAUGGUGCAGUAUUUUGAGGGGGAACUCUGUUACACCGUUCAGUGUCUCACUCAUAAAGACCCCAGCACUGGAUUCUACGCCAUAGAGGUCACCACUGCCAACUGCUCUGAGAAAUGUGAAUCUCACCAGGUUUAUGUUCCUUCCUCUGAUCCUCACGUGUGCUGUGGCUCCUGCAAAAACAUCUCGUGUUCAUAUCCCAGUGAAAAUGGCACUACAGAAGUUUUUAUGGCAGGUAGCUCGUGGGUGGCUAACUGCACGCGGUUUGACUGUAUGGAGACUGCAAUAGGAGCAGUAGUUCUGGCCUCUGGAGUCGUCUGCCCUCCAUUCAAUGACUCUGAGUGUAUUCAGAAUGGAGGUGUCGUUCAGACGUAUGUGGACGGUUGCUGUAAGACGUGUAAAGAGGAUGGUAAGACCUGUAAGAGAGUCGCCAUCAGGACCACCAUCAGAAAAGACGAUUGCAGAAGUAACGCACCUGUGACUGUGUACUCAUGUGAUGGAAAAUGUCCAUCUGCCACCAUCUUUAAUUUCAACAUUAACAGUCAUGCACGUUUCUGCAAGUGUUGUCGUGAAAAUGGCCUUCAAAACCGCAUCAUUCAGCUGUACUGCACUCGAAACACCACUACGGUGGACUAUUACUACCAGGAGCCAAUAGACUGCUCAUGCCAGUGGAACUGA